AUGAUGCUACAACCGACGAAUUUGAGGGAAACGAUCAAGAAUGAGAAUGAAGGUGAACAAAUUGAAAAUUAGGGCGUGGCCUAGCGUGCAGACACAGUUUUUCCCAAUUUUGGCACGACGUUCAAAUUUUCACCCUAUUUUAAGGUUUUUCGUCAAAUAUUACCAAAAGUCUGCACGUUAUUGCGCACAUUUUGGGCUCAAAACGACUAAAUUUCAUUGAGAGUUAAUCGAUUUCCGAGUUUUGCGCUAAAGAUGCUCGUGUUUACGUGCUUUAUCACUUCUGACACUCAUUUUGUCUGAAAACUGUCCAUUUCGGGCCGUAUCAAAAAUCCGAGUUUGCGGCGUCGAACGGCUGUGUUUUCACGAAAAUUUUAAUGUUCUCUCUUUCAAAUUUGAAUCAAAUGUCUUCGUUUAUCGAUAUUUGACUCAAAAAUAGCGAGUGCUCGCCCUUGUACAUUGAAAAGCAUUAUAUAUAUCGAAUGAGCCUAACGGCUUCUCUGGAAAUUAAAAAAUCGAGCACGAGUCCCAAAAGUCUGUCGGAAACCGUGAAACUUGCAUUAUUACUCCUAGCGCAAUUUUCACAAUCAAGUGUUUCCAUUUUCCGAUCGGAAUUUUCCCGAAAUUUCAAACCCCUCGCAACCGAAAAAUGCAAGCAAGCACUAAAAAACAACUCUAAUUUUUUUUUGCAGAAUUCGUGCUGAAUGGCUCCGUGAGCAGUCACGGCUCAACGGACCGGAGUUCGGCUUCUCCGAUGAAUGCGGAUGAUCUGAACGUGAGUGGAAAAUUGAUUGAUUAAUUUUGAGCGUGGACAAAUUUCUGUUUGUCUGCAAACUUCACAGUGUGACAAUAAAUAUCGUUCAAAAAAGCCCGUAAAACCGGUUCGAAAAAUGUUUUUCGUGGCGUAUGUAAACCAACAAAAAAUCAAGAAAAACAUUUGAAAUUUCGUCUUUCCUCUUUCUCUCACAAUUGCAAUGAGAUGAUCAUUUUUACGAGUCUUCUGCCGCGUUUAUUACACUUUUUCUCUAUCUCGAUUCAAUGCUAAAUUUUUGCUGUUUUUUUCGCAAAAAAUUGUUUUCCACAGCUGGCGAGCACUGGAAAACGGGUUUUUUUUUCCGUUUUUGCGCUCUAAAUUGCAUUGAAAUUUGAAUCUGGCAUUUUUGGAAUCAAAAUGUAAGGACAUUUUCAAAUUUCCCACUUGCUCAACGCUCUUUGUUUUCAAAAAUGCGCAAACUUUGCUCUCUCCCAGUUUUUUUUCCCAAUAAACAAACAUAUUUCUGUUUUCCGCCCAUUUCCCAGCGACCAACAUUUCUUUCUUUUCGUUUCUUUCAAAAAAUAUAUAUAUAUUAUUUUGCGCGCAAAGCGCACAAGUAAGCAGUGUGUCAGCAGAAUUUCUAGAAAAAUUCAUUUUUGUGUGAUAGCUGUCAAAAAACGCGGUAAUCGCAUGAAAAAAGGAGAAUUUUGUGGAACGGGCGAGAAAAAAGCGGCGAUUUAUUUGGCGAGCCGAAAUGGACGGAGCACGACGAGCACAUUUCAUUUUGGCCGCUUUUUUUCGUGUUUUUUAAUCGGAAAAGUGCGCGCUUUUGCUCAAAUACACAAACAGUCCGCACGAAGAGAACCCGCUUUUAUUUAGAAGAAAUUUCGCUCCCCAAUUCUUUUAGAUGACGAAAUAUAAAAAAUUUCGCUUUUUCUGCCUUCAUCAUCAAAUAUUUAUAAUUUUUCGACUUUUUCAUCGAGCAAACACUCUAAAUUUUUCACCUAAACCUCGCUUUUUGUGUUGAAAACGACACUUUGUGCUGCGUCUUUAAAUUUGAGUUUUGUAGGUUACGGUUGUUCGAUUCGAGACCCUAAUUGCAUUUUACCGUGCUGCGCCUUUAAAUUUUCUCUUCGAGACCCAAAAUCAUCACAUUUUCGUUGCAGGACCUAAUGGAAGACGACGUGAAUCAGAAAGACGAUGAAGACGAAUGUCUGGCUCGACGAGUUUCGGGUCUCGAAACGAAUUUCGUCUAUAUUCAACAUCAGGUACCUCGUGUGAAAUUGUGUUUGUUGUUUGCUCUACGAUCAAAAAUAGAACUGUAUAGUAGUCUUUCGAGCUGAAUAUUUAUUCGAAUUCAUUUCAUCACUGUCAAACUUCUUUUUGGGAGGCGCGCGCUCGCCCGCAAAGUUUGCAUUUCACUUUUCUGACCAGCCACAACCUGUCUGCUCUCACAGAGAAAAUAAAGUCGAAAUUGGGGGGGGGGGAAGAGAAGGAGGGCAAUAAUAAUAAUUGAGUAAAUAACGCAAUUGAAUAGAGACCCCACAGUUUAGGUGAUUGUUGAAUGUUAGGCCGUUAUCCUAGGCUGUUAUGUUUGGGAAAUCUAGGCCAAUACAGUCUAACGUCUUAAACCUCUAACUUUUUUGUUUUUCUGAUUAUUACUUAUGCUUGAAAGUUUCGAAAUCCUCUCAGCUGUCACCUUUUGGCGCGUUUUGCUAAUUAGGCCAAGUUUGGUAUUCUAGGCCACUGGAAUAUUAGACCAGAAAAGUUUAUUUCCUAAAGCUCUUAGGUCUCUAACUAACAACAUUUUAGAUCCAUGUCAGUCAAAUUUAGAAUUUUAAGCCAUCCAUAUAAACACUUAAAAUCUUUCAGUUGGCCGCAAUCAUGCGUCACCUCCACGCGCCUCCGUGCACUUGCCACAAUUGCUCGAAAAUCCAGCGGACAGUCGAUGGAGCGAAACAAUUGGUAAUCCAAUUGACAAAAUUAUUCACGAUUUAGCCAAAACACGUUCAGAAUGAGCCCGCCGAAAUGCUGUCGCAACUGUUCCCCAACGCGUCGGCGCAACAACUCAAAACCCUGCUGGAGCUGUCGAAAAUGAACAAACUGCCGUCGCAAGUGGUCAAAGAGCGCGAAACGAACGGGAAUGCGAAUGCGAAUGGAACACAAGAGAGUCCGAAACUGGGACAGGGGUAUUCGUGUGCGAGCGGCGGCGGCAAGAUUCUCGCGAAACAGGAAAGAUUGUCGGAGACUAGGAAGCUGAGGAAGACCGGGUUCCCGCCCGUCGCCACGUUUUAUCAGAGAAAAGCCAGCGAGAAUGGUUAGUUUUGACAACUACUCGUUCUAAAAUCCAGAAGAAUUGAUAUUGCAGCUCUGCUCCCACCUCCUCCGACCUCCACGAACACCUCGACCGCCUCUCCCGGUCCUUCGUCCGAAGGGGACCGUGACGAACACAUUGAAGACGCCACGCCACAAGCGACAGCGCCAGUGCCGACAGCUCAAACCACUGUGCCUGCCACGUCGACUACACCUCAGGCACCCAACUUGUUCACGCAAUGUAAGUGAAAGCAGAAGAAGAAUUAAAAAGUAACAAAAACCGGUUUCAGCGAUGGUGGAUAUGCUGAAAUUGAACGCGCAAAGUGCGGCGCACUCGACAGGCUCUCCGGGCUUUCUGCGUGGGCGUGGCCGCGGCCGUCCGAAGCUGAUCGGCGACGAGCUCGACGCGGAUCUCGUCGACUACAUGGUGUCGCUGAAGAACGCGGACCCGAACGGCGGUCACUUCACCGCCUCGCAGGCCCUGCACUUGGCCCGCCAGUACAUUCUCGAACGGGCGCCCGGACUGCUCGAGGAGCACGGCGGACACGUCAAACUGAAGCUGACGUGGGCGAUGAAGCUGGUCUCGCGGAUCGGCGAGCGACAGAAAGAGAUCGAGUUCGGAUUGCCCGCCGGCACCCUCUCCAACAUGGGCCGCAAUCUGACGAACCUGCCGGGCGGCAACUUUAUGGCCGACGUGAUGGCACAGAAUCUCCUGUCGCAGCACAUGAUGAUGGUCAAUCAGCUGAACGGAAAGACGGCGGGAACGCAGAAGAGCGGCGCGGCGAACGAGGAGGAGGGCAAACAGAACGAGGAGAAUCUGAAUGUGCCCAAGCAGGAAGGUUCGUUUUUUUUUUGGUUGUUUUUCCGGGCUUUCCGGCCAACCUGGCGAGUAAAUAAUCCGAUCGGGCUGAAACUUUGUCCCAAUUACUUUAAUGAAAGUUUGGGACCGAUCGGAGUAUUGCAAGUGGGCCUAAAGACAAGGUCCGGCCUUCAAUUGUUUGGCUAGAAUGUCGAAUAUACUCAAUAUUGAACUACUUUCAGCGUCGUCGUCAAUCCCGGAAAUAGUUAACAUAAAAGAGCUGUCGCUUCCGUUCCUCAACAACUUCCUUGCCGAACUGAACGAGAACAAUUCGGGAGUGAUCGACGGAGAAAUCGCUUCGACACUUUUCGCUCCGAACGCAUAA